GAGAGAUCAGAGACAGAGACAAAAUGUAUCAGAUCUUCUGCUAAACUUUUUUUGCCUUUUCUCAUACAGCACAUGUUCACCCAGCUCCCUCAACUUUGUCCUCCUCACGCUAUAAAUAUAAGCAUUUCCUAUCACUUUUCCUCUCCCAUAUCAAAAACACCUUACCUCUCUCCUUCAGAACACAAAGCCUAGCUUGUGUUCAUUUCUUUUGUGAAAAUGGCCGUUGGGAUCUCACUUUUGCUUGCAUCAUUCUUGCUCUUCACUACCUCUGCUUUAGCUGCUACUUACAUGGAAGGCUUUCUAAAAAAUGGCAACUUUGAAGAGAAACCAAAACCUGGCGCGAUCAAGAAAACAGUCCUUAAAGGAAAAUAUGCGCUUCCCAGCUGGGAAAUCAAUGGAUUCGUAGAGUACAUCUCUGCUGGGCCACAACCUGGUGGCAUGUACUUUAAUGUGGCUCAUGGUGUCCAUGCAGUAAGGCUAGGCAAUGAGGCCUCGAUUUCUCAAACAAUAACAAUAAAAGCAGGCUCUCUAUAUGCCCUCACAUUUGGUGCAUCAAGAACUUGUGCCCAAGAUGAGGUGUUGAGAGUCUCAGUUGGGACCGUGUUUGGGGACCUGCCCUUGCAGACACUGUAUAGUAGCAAUGGCGGAGACACUUAUGCUUGGGGAUUUAAACUCAAUGCCACUGUUGUUAAAGUGUCAUUUCGCAAUACUGGAGUCCAAGAGGACCCUGCCUGUGGGCCACUCAUUGAUGCAGUUGCUAUCAAGGAGCUCUUUCCACCAAUGCCCACAAGAGAUAACCUUGUAAAGAAUCAUGGCUUUGAGGAGGGUCCUCAUCGGUUAGUAAACACAUCCAGUGGUGUCCUCCUCCCUCCAAGACAAGAAGAUCUCACAUCUCCACUUCCCGGCUGGAUGAUCGAAUCACUUAAAGCUGUGAAGUUCAUUGACAAAAAGCACUUCAACGUUCCUUUUGGGCUCGCUGCUGUCGAGCUUGUUGCAGGAAGAGAAAGUGCAAUUGCCCAAAUCCUCAGAACAAUUCCCGACAAAGUCUACGGUCUCACAUUCACCGUCGGGGACGCAAGAAAUGGUUGCCAUGGAUCAAUGAUGGUCGAGGCAUUCGCUGCUAAGGAUACCUUCAAAGUUCCAUUCGAAUCCAAGGGAAAGGGUGAAUUCAAGACCGUAAGUUUCAAGUUCAAAGCCGUUACAGCUCGGACAAGAAUUACGUUUUACAGUUCAUACUACCAUACUAGGAUUGAUGACUUCGGAUCCCUCUGUGGUCCUAUACUCGAUGAAGUUAGGGUAUUCCCUAUUGCUUAGAUGUUAUCUCUACUCUGGUAGAGCAGACUCCACCUUUGUGGGUGUUUACAGACAAGUCACAUCAUCUGUUGAGGCACAUGCUUCGCUUUUGUAUCUAAGCUAGGGCAUGUGGUCUUUUAUUGUAUGAUGUUGUCUUCACGUGGUGUCGGCAGAAGGAGCCUUAUGGAUAAGAGCGUAGUAGAAACUAUAUGUGGUUUAUUUCUAGGACAUGUAAUGGCAACAACUUAACUUUAUUUA